CGUUUGUGUGUGGACGGUCAGCAUGGUGGCGUCAUCCUGCCUGUCUUUAUAGUGUAGUGAGGACAGGAUGUUUACUACUGCUAAUUGUGUGUUUGUGUGUUAAUCCAUGUUGGCUUUUAUUGUGUGGUUAGUUUGAGACCAUUUCAGUCACACAAGAACGGAACUUUGUUUGUAACCUAAACACUGACAUUAGCAUUGGCUAAUACUCUUGUGGUGAUUCUGAACAUCUGAACACUUUCUGUGUGUGUGUGUGUGUGUGUGUGUGUGUGGGAAGCGCUCAGAGAGCUGGCCGAGGAUCCGGAUGAAAUGGAAGUGAGCCAAGAAGAGAUUCCAGAGGAAACUAUGUCUCAAAAGAACAGGACCCGAGAACCUCCCGUCCGAGAUGCCGCGUUGCGCGCUGCCCUGCAAGAAGAACUGAUCAACGAGAAGCUGGAGGCCAAGAGGAUUGCUCGCCUCGCCCUGGCUGAGAUUAAAAGCCACCUCUCGGAGGAAGACCAAAAGAGGGAGACGGCCUGGGAGCUGAAGAUGAAGACCCUGGAGGUCACCCAGGAGCAACUGAAGCUGGAGAGGGAGAGGAUAGGCGUGGAGAAGGAGAGGAUGCAGGUGGAGAAAAAGAGGAUGGAGGUGGAGAGGGAGCGGAUGGAAUGGGAGAGGGCCGAGAGGGAGAAGGAAAGGAUGGAGCGAGAGAGGGCUGAGAGGGAGAAAGAGAGGGCACAGAAGGAAAGGAUGGAGUGGGAGAAGGCUGAAAAAGAGAGGAGGGAACAGGAGAAGGCGGAGAGGCAGAGGAUGGACCAGGAGAAGGCAGAGAGGGAAAAGAUGGAGAAAGAGAGGAUUGAGCAGGAGAAAGCGGCUUUCCAGAAAGCCAAGGAAGAGCGGGAACACCUUGAGAAGAUGGACAGGGAGCGCUUGGUGCGGGAACGGGAGAAGGCCGCCAAGGAAAAGGAAGAGAAGGAGCGCGUGGAGAACGAGAGACGGGCCCGAGAGAAGGCUGAAGAGGAGAGGAAGGAGCGACUCCAAAAAGAACAGCUGGCCAAAGAGCGGGAAAGACUUGAGAAUGAAAAGCAGGAGCGAGAGCGCAUCGCCAGGGAAAAGGAGAAAGCUGAGAGGGAAAGGCAAGAAAGAGAGAGAGCGGAGAAAGAACGUCUCACCAGGGAGAAAGCUCGACUGGCUCAGGAGAAGGCCGCCCGGGACAAGAUGGAGGCGGAGCGGCUGCACGCUCCCAAGGCAGACCUGAGGAGGCAGGAGGAGAGGAAAGCAAACGGUAGCCAGGCGGUGGAGGAGAAACCCCAGCGAGCGAGCGGGGUGGCGGUCAGGAAGGACAAGGGUGGGGCCGGAGACAAGAUGGCAGCCAGCGUGAGGAAGAAGUAGAGUUCUGUCUCCGGGACGCUUCCCUCAUGUUUGGGCCUGGAGCUUGGACUGUUCCUUAGUUUUGUCUCCGGUGAGGUGAUGAGACGCUUUCUCUGAGAAACCAUUGAUUUGUGCUGUGUAAGCGUGUUACAUGUGAAUAAGUGCACUGUAAGCUCCUCCCACAUCUCCUUAAAUGGACACUCCCUCCAAUGUGACUGUAAACAACUGUAAAAUAAACCUUGGCCUUCCAAUGGUGCUCUCUUCUUAUCCUUUGCUAUAAAAUAACACAAUAUUACACAAUAUUUUUGAUUGGCCCUGUUCUAAAAAUGAUGAUUAAUGCCAUAUAUUACUAGAUAUAUUAUUUUGCUUUGUCAUGAACACUGAAAUAACAAAGGUGGUGUUAGCUUAGCAUGAACGCAGCGAGCCCGCAAUUACUGUGAACCACCUCAAGUGGGCCUCUCAUGUAUUUGACAAUGAACAACACUCACCCCAACACACU